GGAGCCAUGGCCCGCAGCCUGGACGGCAUCGACCUGGCGGCGCUGCGGGACCCUGCGGGAAUAUUUGAGCUGGUGCAGGUUGUUGGAAAUGGGACAUAUGGACAAGUCUACAAGGGUCGCCAUGUUAAGACUGGGCAGCUGGCAGCAAUCAAAGUGAUGAAUGUUACUGAGAAUGAAGAGGAGGAAAUCAAGCUGGAGAUAAACAUGCUGAAGAAGUACUCCCAUCACCGGAAUAUUGCUACAUAUUAUGGGGCUUUUGUAAAGAAAAGUCCUGCAGGCCAAGAUGAUCAGCUCUGGCUGGUGAUGGAGUACUGCGGGGCAGGCUCUGUCACCGACUUGGUGAAGAAGACAAAAGGGAACUGUUUCAAGGAAGACUGGAUUGCUUACAUCUGCAGAGAGGUUCUCAGGGGAUUGGCACAUCUUCAUGCUCACCAUGUCAUCCAUCGAGAUAUUAAAGGGCAGAAUGUUCUUCUCACAGAAAAUGCAGAAGUAAAAUUGGUGGAUUUUGGUGUAAGUGCUCAGCUGGACAGGACAGUUGGGAGAAGAAACACAUUUAUUGGCACCCCGUAUUGGAUGGCACCUGAGGUCAUUGCUUGUGAGGAGAACCCAGACUCUACAUAUGAUUACAGAAGUGACCUGUGGUCCCUGGGAAUCACUGCUAUUGAAAUGGCUGAAGGAGCUCCUCCCCUGUGUGACAUGCAUCCCAUGAGAGCACUCUUCCUCAUCCCAAGGAACCCACCCCCAAAGUUGAAAUCCAGAAAAUGGUCAAAGAAAUUCCUAAAUUUUGUUGAGAGCUGCCUUGUGAAGCAUUAUUUGCACCGUCCAUCCACGGAGACCCUGCUGAAGCAUUCCUUCAUCCGCGACAUGCAGAACGAGCGGCAAGUGCGCAUCAUGCUCAAGGACCACCUGGACAGGACUAGGAAGAAAAAAGGAGAGAAGGAAGAAACAGACUAUGAUUACAGUGGAAGUGAGGAGGAAGAUGAUGAGCUGAAUGAAGAUGAAGGAGAACCAAGCUCCAUCGUUAAUCUCCCGGGGGAGUCAACUCUGCGCCGCGAGUUCCUGCGGCUGCAGCAGGAGAACAAGAACCGCUCAGACCCUCACCGGCAGCAGCAGCAGCCGAAGGACCAGGAGAAGUACAAGCAGCAGCUGCUGGCAGAGCGGCAGAAGCGCAUCGAGCAGCAGAAGGAGCAGAGGAGGAGGCUGGAGGAUCACCAGAGGCGAGAGCAGGAGCUACGGAGGCAGCAGGAGUGUGAGCAGAGGUGGCCAGAGGUGAAAGUCAGUCAGAGGAAAGAGGAAAGGGGCAAAGAAGACAAAAGGGCUGUGGAAGAUGAAUACUUCGUAGUAGAUGGACAGAGGAAAUUGGAAAAGAAGCAGAAGAUGGAAGAUGUGCAGCACAACAGGAAGAUGCACAGAACCCUCCCCAAAGAUCAGACUCAGCUGCUGUCUCUCCAGCAUGACCAGAAGAAGAAGGAGCCUUCCAAGAGUUCAAAUGUGGGAGUGCAUCCUCCAUCAAGCAGCACAAGCAAAGAGGCCGAGGAGCGAGCCAAGCAGAGUGACAGCGCACAGCCCCCGCUGUGGCCGGCGGCGCUGGGACACGAGGCCCCCGCGCAGCCCAGGAUGGGAUCCGGGAGCAGCUCCAGCCCCUGCACCCCUGCCCCACAGAGAGCCCUGCUCGUGCAGUGUGAGAAUUUCCGGGCUAGUAAGGACGUGUACCACAGCAGCUCCCUGUCAGACAUGGUGACAGCUCCACUCAGCCCUGGGCAGGACGAGGUGUUCUGGAGCAUGAGCCACAGCAAAGAGCAGCCCCCAAAGGUUCCAGAAAGGACAACCUCAAAAUUUUACAGCAGGGAUCAGCCUGGCCAUCAGAGAUGCCUUUCAAGUAACACUCAUCAGUCAUCCCCUGGGGGACAUGCUCUGAAGCUGAACAGUAGCAGCAGCACUCCUGGCACCAAGCAGUGGGAGAUGGGAUCUCAUCAGAGCAGCUGGUCAACCUCAGGGAAUCCAGGACUGGCCAAGGCAGAGAAUGUUUUGUCCCAGAACCACGUGCAGCUGCAUCAGAAGCCUGAAAAAGUUUCUCAUCCAGGCCAGAUUGCAAGUCCAGGCUCCUUUGCCAAGGUGAAGGACAGUGCCAACUCCUUGUUAAAAGCAGCAGACUAUUCCUCCUCAAGUGAUGAAGGCAGCAGCAGCAGCAGCAGUGAGGAAGAUGACACAAACCACACAAGGCAACUGCUAAGCGGCAGAAUUGCAGAUUUCUCAAGGACGAGGGUACCAGAUGGAAUUGAACUGAAACCCCAAAGCACCGUGGCAGAACAGAAGGAUCAGAUUUUAGGGAAACAAAUUCCAAACACUCAAGAAGGCCUUUGGAGCAUAAACAACCAGAACUAUCUCCUGCCAGAUCUCCUCCAGCAAAGCCAAAUUACAGACUCCUCUGUGAACCCGCCACAAGUGCCACUGACUUGCCAGGAACCUCAGAACAAACCUCUGACUAAGAGCCCAUGUGCUGAAAGCCCACCUGCCAAGAGCAGCACAUCCUCCACAACAUCCUUCACAUCAUUCAUAGAUCCAAGACUGCUGCCAAUAACCCCUCCCACCAGUCCAGUAGGACCUUCCUGUAGCUCUCCAUCUAGUGCCAAACCUGAGCCUGUCAGGAGGGAAAAUGCAAGGAAGGGCUCCGUUGUCAAUGUCAAUCCCACCAAUAUCCGCCCACAAAGUGACAGCCCAGAAAUCCGUAAAUACAAGAAGAAAUUCAACUCCGAGGUUCUGUGUGCUGCUCUGUGGGGGGUAAAUUUAUUGGUGGGAACAGAGAAUGGAUUGUGGCUGCUGGACAGAAGUGGGCAAGGAAGAGUUUAUACGCUGAUUACGAGGAGACGGUUCCAGCAAAUGGAUGUUCUGGAAGGACUCAAUGUGCUAAUUACUAUAUCAGGGAAGAAGAAUAAGUUGAGGGUCUAUUACUUGUCAUGGUUGAGAAAUAAAAUUUUGCGCAACGAUCCUGAGGUGGAGAAGCGGCAAGGCUGGGUGUCCGUGGGUGACCUGGAAGGCUGUGUGCACUACAAAGUGGUAAGAUAUGAGAGAAUCAAAUUCCUUGUAAUUGCCUUGAAAAACUCAGUGGAGGUUUAUGCUUGGGCUCCAAAGCCUUAUCACAAAUUCAUGGCUUUUAAGUCCUUUACCUCACUUCAUCACAAACCACUGUCAGUUGACCUGACUGUUGAAAAUGGGCAAAGACUAAAGGUCAUAUAUGGCUCAGUGGUGGGAUUUCAUGCCAUUGAUGUGGACUCUGGAUCUGUGUAUGACUUGUACCUUCCAACACACAUCCAGGGGACGAUCCGCCCCCAUGCCAUUAUCAUCCUCCCAAACACCAGUGGCAUGGAGCUCCUGCUCACCUACGAAGAUGAAGGCAUCUACAUUGAUAUAUAUGGGCAUUUCACAAAGGAGACUGUUCUGCAGUGGGGAGAAAUGCCAGCAUCUGUAGCUUACCUCCUUCAGUCCAAUCAGGUCAUGGGCUGGGGAGAAAAAGCGAUUGAACUACGCUCUGUGGAAACAGGAAAUCUGGAAGGAGUAUUUAUGCACAAGAAAGCACAGAAGCUAAAAUUUCUAUGUGAAAGAAAUGACAAGGUGUUCUUUGCAUCUGUACAGUCAGGAGGCAGCAGUCAAAUAUACUUUAUGACUCUUGGUCAAAAUGUACUAUUCAACUGGUAAAGCACAUCAAAAUGAAGACUAUGAAAAAUUCCCUGUAGGUAGCAGUGUAAAAUUCUCAGAGGUAAUAUACACAAAUUUGCACUCCUUACCUACAAAAAUGUUGUCAUUAUUGACUUAUUAAAAUUCAUAUUCUUUCAGUCUGGAAAGAAUUCCAUUUUCCUGUUGAAGUAUUGCAAACAUGUUUAGUUUGUCUUUCAAAGUAUGUUGCAAACAAAGAUUGUAUUAGGAGACUUUAGUGAAGAAUGUAGCCAAUAUAAGAAGCUCCUGUACUCCAAAAAAUGGACAGUUACACCUUCACAGGUGAUGUAAUGUUGGUAUCUUGAACUGAAGUCACUUUUUAUGGACAGCGACAGCUGUAGGUAGAUACAAAAUCACAGUUGGAAUCUAUUUUGAAUUGGGUUUGGGCUCCUUUUGCAGUUUAAGCAAGCUGUUACUGUCACCAAGAUGAACUUGAAUGACUUGUCUAAGCCUUACAACAGGGAAGGAGUAAAAGGGUUUUUGGUGGGUCCCAGCCAGACUAGAAGGCUUGAGGGAUCCUCCUUGGACCUUGAGGGAUCAUCCCCUGUGCUGGGUGGACAGGUGUGUUUCAGUACAGAGUUGUACAAAUAGUUAAUUCUGAACAUGUGCCCCAGCUAGGAGAUUUCUACCAAUGCAGGGAGGGACAGACUUUGUGUUUCUCUCAGGGCUGGAUGCCUGAGCCCAUAGACACAAUUACUGUAGGAUGUAUCUGUAAAAACUGUUUAAAUACUCAGUCAAAAUUAUAGAUGCAUAAAGCAUUAUGAAACAGAACCUGUAACUUUCAUUCACAGCUGGGACCCACACUUAUAUAUGAAUUGAUUUAAAGGCACUACCCAUGUAUAUAAAGAAGGGCACAAGAGCAGGCACUUUCUUUUCUUCCUUCUUGCUCUUUCACAUGAAGUCUUUGUGUAUUUGUAUGUAAAUAUAAUCUUUCCACAACGGAUAUUAAGAUUAACAAAUGUAUUCUUAAUAUAGCUAUGAAAAUAUCCAAAGAGUUAAACUAUUAUAAAUAGAAAAUAUAAAUAAUUCCAGGUGCUUUCUAUGCUAAUUAUACCUAAAUAAAGCUGCAUCUUCUAGUGUUAUUGGUGCCAGUGUUUCUGCAUAAACUCUGUUCUCAGGGGCUUAUAAAUUGGCCAUAAAACUAUAAAGAUAUAAUAUAUACAUAUAUGUAUAUGUACACACUAUGUACAAUCAUAUACUAUGAUUCAAUUUUAGGGUUUAAUGUAAUCUUUAUGUAGCUGACUUUUGGAUGUGCUUUGAAAAUGUAGAGCAUCAAAUGUAGUACAAAAGAGCUCAUUCCAGACAUGAUACAGUAGGGAUAAUGCUGUGGGCAAAAGUGAAAUCACUAGUUCCAGUGCUUGAAAAUAGGUGUUUUUACUUGAAAUAUUUGAUACUGAAGGGUGCAGGAAAAGUGUGUUGGAAUAUGUUUGUCUACCUCAAGGAUGAUGGUUCUGUGUUGAUAAGAGGCAGAAAGAGUUGUUGGAGCUGGCAGCUGUGCUGUCCAGUGUGUCAGUCUGGGUGCUGGCAGUGAUGCUGCGACUGACAGGUGCUCAGACUGUGUCCCUGUGCUGUCCCAGCAGGGAAUCAAACCAGGGGCUGUUCACCCUUCCCCCUGUUCCCUGGGCUGGCACCUCCCUGCUGCAGGCAGGUCAGAGGUGCCUGCACUGUUGCUCUUAUGUUUUUGGCUAUCUGGAGGACUGCACUUUCCAAAGUUACUAACCUAGCACUUUUCACAGGCACUAGCUUAUCUCAAAACCUAUAGUGCUUUUUAAUGAAGAAUUUUCCUUUUAAAUGUUUAACUAACAGAAAAAUAAGCCUGAAGCCAUACUAAAAAAAUACAUUUAAAUACUCAAAGUGGUUCUUAAUGUAUGUGAGUGAUUAGCUUGUGCAGACUUGAAACCUGAAUGGAAACUGCUUGAGCAGAGCUGUGUGACAACAGGAGCUCUGUUGUAGUAAUGUUCCUGCCUGUUGCCAGGGCCAGGGCUGGGGCACAUGAGCAAAGCCUGGCUUGGCUUCCCGUGCUGCUGAACAUUUGGGCUCGUUGCAUUGGACUUAUAGAGUAAACAAACAACAGGGGAAAAAAAUAAGCCACCAACAAAACCAAACAAGUCCAAAUCUAUAACAGAAUCAGAGAUGAAAGUUAC